AUGAUAUUGGGAGGUGUGGUGGAUUUCAAAUGGCGGCCAACAUACAUUAGAAAGCAUCUCUUCCUCACCCUCAUAAAUCUUCCUCCAACUGACCAGUGUCCAUCAUCUGCCAUCCUCUAUCCAUUUUCCACUGUCGAUGUUUUGUCCUUUGGUGACCCACUGUUCAUCAAUGAGCCUCUCUCUGAAACUGGAGUUACAGAAAUUAUCAAGAUGGACCAACAAAACCAAAAUAACACUCCUGAUGGUUCAGGAGAUGUACCUUUGAAGCGCAAGCGUGGUCGUCCCCGGAAAUAUCCAAAGCCAGAUUCUGAGGAGAGUUCCUAUAUCCUAGUUAGUCAAAAUAAAAGGCAAAAUCCUGUUCGUACUGAACAAAUUCCAAUACCUCCUGGAUUUGAGGUGGCUAAUGGAAGUCAACAGCUUCAAAGGGGUCAAGAGAAUCAUUCAAAUAAUGCGAUGGUGGGCCAGCUAGUUUCUGGUGUAAUUGAGGCUGUAUUUGAUGCUGGAUAUUUGCUCAGUGUUAGAGUUGGUGAUUCUGAUACUUCUUUGAGGGGGUUAGUCUUCAAGCCUGGACGAUUCGUUCCUGUCUCACCUGAAAAUGAUGUUGCUCCGAGUGUUCCAAUGAUCCAAAGAAAUGAAGUUUCUUUCCCUUCUAGAGUUGCUCAGUUUCAAACUCCUCUCCCAAAGGAAAGGAAUGAACAGUCAAUGAAUGUUCAUAGAGUUGAAACUCUUGCAAUGAACGGCUCACCAUCUAUCCCUCAGGUACCUAGAGGACCUGUUAGUUCUAGUAACUUGGCUGCCUCUUCUGGAAAGAAUGUGCCUACUGUGCCAAGCCAGACCUCUCUUCAACUACCCAGAGGUACUGUUGGCCCUGUAUUGCUCCAACCUAACAACUUUUCAAACGGGGUGCCAGUUUCUAAUCAACCAUCACAAAUCAAGAGCCAAGUUUCUCUAGGGAGUGGAGUGAUUGCUGCCAAAGAAAUUCCUGUAGAUGGAAACCCUUCACUUGUCUCUCACACUCAAAAUAGCCAGACUUUGUUGUCAAGCAGCAUGCAAAGUGAAGGUGCUCUUCCACAUAAUCAAUCUUCAUCUAAUGUGGUGAAUGAAGAUGAAGCCAAACCUAUGAGAAUGCCUGGCAUGCCUUUUGAGCAACUGGUUACUGAAGUUGUCAAGAGGAUCCAAGCUCCUUCGGAUGCCAUGGAUAACGAGAUUGAUAACAGCAGGUCAGGUGAUAAUACGGCAAUGAAGGAUCCAAUCGGUAUGCAAGAAGACAAAGUUAAUGACAUAGAUCAACCUAUCUUGAUUAAGCCACUGCAAGCUGUACAGUCUUGCCCUCAUGAAAGCUCAACAUCUGCUCCCAAACCUUUAGACUACACCGAAACUGGCAGAGUGAAUGAGCUAUUGCAGGUUUUGCAACAUAGUAAUACGGAGAACCUGGCAUCCAAAGCAGCAGAGCUAGAAUCUGGAAACAAGUUGGAUGAUAUAAGGAGUUUAGGAGCUGGACUUGAAGAUGAUGGAACUGUUCAAUCAACAAAGCCUUUCUGA